CAAGCAUGUCUUUAUGGUAAUUUGUUUUUGUCUUUUUUUGUUUUUUUCCUUUUCUUUCAUGAAUGUUGGAUAUAGAACCAGAGCCCAGGUGUACCUCACACAAAUAAUUCCCUUCUUCAUCAAUCAAAAGAGACACAAAGAAAAGAGGAGGGGGAAAAACGCUACGCCCGAAAAAAUGCCCCAAAUGUCUGCUUGCCUGCCUUAUACUCGUACACUCGAUUUUAGAGUUAGGCCGCGGAGAGCAAACCGCCAACAGCCAGGGUAUCUGGUCCUGUGCCUCGUUGUCAAAGAAAAAGUGAAGAAAAUAGUCCGAUCGGAACAAGGGAGUUCUCUCAUCCGGUGGUAUUCCUGCACCGAGAAGGUAGGUAUGGUAUGUGAAAACAAAAGAAAACCAAUCGUAUCACAUUGACUUUAUUACAGAACUCCAACCACUCCGGAUUUCCC